GUCCCGUUUGAAUUUAAAUUUCCUACCCUUUAAAAAGUUUGAAAAAUCUUUGGGGGCUCUCAUCACAGAUCCAUUUGAAUCUCAAUCAAAACUCAAUCUCUGUUGUUAUUAUUCAUUUUUUCAAACUCACCUUCCCUCUCUCUUUCUCUCUCCAAAAACCCUAACUGAUCUCUCACUCUCACUCUCACCCUCACUCAGUCUCAGACAAAGUCCCAAGCCAGUCAAUCGCGCCAUGACAGCUGUCCCACCGCCGGCCCCAGGCCGCGAGCUCGCGAACCCGCCGUCGGACGGAAUAUCCAACCUCCGAUUCUCCAACCACAGCGAUCACCUGCUCGUCUCCUCAUGGGACAAGAGCGUCCGAUUGUACGAUGCGAGCGCCAACGCGCUGCGAGGCGAGUUCAUGCACGGCGGUCCAGUCCUCGACUGUUGCUUCCACGACGAUUCCUCGGGGUUCAGUGCCAGCGCCGAUAAUACUGUGAGGCGGCUUGUUUUCAGCUCUAAUAAGGAGGAUAUUUUGGGAAGGCAUGAUGCUCCUGUGCGUUGUGUUGAGUACUCUUAUGCAGCAGGGCAAUUAAUCACGGGUAGUUGGGACAAAACCCUGAAGUGUUGGGAUCCUAGAGGUGCAAGUGGGCAGGAUCGCACUCUUGUUGGGACAUACCCACAGCCUGAGCGUGUUUACUCACUUUCUCUCGUUGGAAAUCGUUUAGUUGUAGCAACUGCAGGAAGACAUGUAAAUGUCUACGAUUUGAGAAAUAUGUCCCAACCUGAACAGCGAAGGGAAUCUUCAUUGAAAUAUCAAACUAGAUGUGUGCGCUGUUAUCCCAAUGGAACAGGAUAUGCUCUUAGUUCCGUAGAAGGACGAGUUGCAAUGGAAUUUUUUGAUCUCUCAGAGGCUAGUCAAGCCAAAAAGUAUGCAUUUAAGUGUCAUAGAAAAUCAGAGGCUGGAAGGGACAUUGUCUACCCAGUAAAUGCCAUUGCAUUCCACCCUGUCUAUGGUACUUUUGCAACUGGAGGUUGUGAUGGUUAUGUGAAUGUGUGGGAUGGGAACAACAAGAAGAGGCUGUAUCAGUACUCAAAAUAUCCGACAAGCAUUGCAGCACUUUCUUUUAGCAGAGAUGGCCGCCUUUUGGCGGUGGCAUCAAGUUACACAUUUGAAGAGGGAGAAAAACCUCAUGAACCAGAUGCGAUAUAUGUUCGUAGUGUAAAUGAAAUAGAGGUCAAGCCAAAGCCGAAAGUGUACCCUAAUCCGCCUGCAUAAGUCAAAACGUAGAAUAUCCUCUUUGUUCCAUAGUAGCCCCGCUAUGGUCGAUGUACUUGGAUGGCACCCACUUUGAGGCUUGAGCCCGAGAUGGGUUGGUCUUGAAGAUCUCAUGUCUUUUCCUAUUUUGGUUAGAAAUGACUAACCAAGCGGAGUACUGUAUUCUUUUCUUUUUUUGGUCAAAGAUUAGAUAACCAUAAUGUACAUCUGGAUUAUAUACCAAUGGUGAAUUGGAUCUUGGAUUUAUAUCUUGUAACGAAGUGUAGACUACAAGCAAAUUGUGUCGUUGAUUGGCGCGUGAGACUUGGUCGGUAAUCUAGCAUGCUUAUGAGCUUUUGAAGCAUCCUUGCUAUGAUAAGCUUGGACUCUUAAGAGCAUUUCCAACAGAUUUUUUAAAACACCAAAAUUCUUUAAAUUUUAUGUUGGUUUUUGAGUUUUU